AUGAGUAGCCGGUUCAUCAUUGUCGUCGUUUAUGCUAUCUUCAGUGAACGAUUCAUGCCCAAUGUGUUCGCAUUACCAGAUCAACUUGACGCUUUUCAAGAACUUCUCUUUGAAACUCCCGAAUGUGAAGAUUUUAUAUCGAAUGGAAAAUUAUUAGCAGUUGCGACAUAUAAAUGUUCUCCAUAUGUUUGCCAUUUCCCAAGACAAUUGUGCAUGAGACCAUCAAACAAAUACAAAGAUCUGACUGCCAACCAAUGUGAAGAUAUUCCAGAAUCGUGCUUAACUGCUGCAAACAAUGGGAUUCCAAUUCCAAUUGUGGCCAAGACUUACUCAACUAUUGCAACUUCAAGAAUACCUCCUAUAUCUAUAUCUUUAACAACGGAAUAUAAACCAUCACAAAAAAUCGCCAUUAUUUCUUCGACUGCAGAAAACAUAGUAAAAAAAGAGGGUGUUAUGGAACGGAAAUUAAAAUUGCAACAAGACAUAUGCGAUAUGGAACAACCGCAGGGUAGAUUUUGUGGUUUUACUGUAAAAGUCGCAUAUAAUCGAUGCUCUUCAUCAUUUUCAGGACCAUCACCUCUAUCACAAAUACUUCCAUUCUUCAAGUCAAGGACUUCAGGUGUAAAUGGCGGUGUAACACCAAACCCAUUUCCUUAUUCUCAGUUUUUCCUCGCAACAACAAUUUCGCAGCAGAUUGUGUCAAAUCGAGGCUUUUUUCCAGAAGCGGUUAUUAAUGCAAAACCAAAUGGAGACGAUUUAGCUAAUAAGCCUUCAAUUUUAGAAAUGAUUUCUGGAGGCAUAUCUGCAUUUGUUGGUUCAGGCAUCAAUUCUGGAGGGACACAUGGCAAUAGUUUGCUGAAUGGUUUCGAUCUUGGUCAAAUAUCGCGUAUUAUACAGACAUUACAGGUUUUGAGCAAUUCUUCAUCUUUAAAUAACCGUGAUUCUUCAACUUUAUAUUGA